AUGUCACCUUUAUCGUUUCAAGCUGAGAUAACAUAUCGUAUCGCUCAUCAUGGCUCAUCACCAUCACCUAAUAACGGUGGACCUGUGGCAGAGAAGAAAAAACGUUCUUUGGGAUUGCGUUUACUGCGGCCUAAAUCCACGCAUGGAGGAGGGAGGGAUAAUGUCAAAUCACCUGAACCUAUGAUCAAACCUUUUCCAAUCCCACCACCUCCUGAACCAGACUCGGAGAAUAAAGAUGAUUCAUGGACGCAAGACAGAUAUGACACUCAAAGAGCUACACUAAGGCACACUCGAUCAAUCCCACAACUAACACCUUUAUCCCCACCGACGCAUAUCAUUAAAACAAGAACGACUGACAGUUGGAGGAAAGGAGUCGUGGUACUAUAUGUACACGGUAAAGGUGGUAAUCAAGGUGGUGGAUUGAUCAUAUAUGAUAACGACGAAAUUAUAUUCAAACAGAAUCUCAACCCAUUACCCGAUACAAAUUGGUCAACUGAUGAUAUCCAGUUUGUCCAUCCAUCUGUAUAUGAUAAGCCGAAUGUCAUAUCCGUCGCGUUACCUUCCAUCCCAACGAUCCCUUCAAGUGCUUCUGGACAACCUAGUACAAACGGAAACGGAUCAAGACAAUCAUCUACAAUAGGUAGACCAAUAACGAAAACCCAGACGAUAUCAUCAUUGAGUAAGAUAGGUAAAAGAGCAAGAGGAUAUACUAUAACUAAGAUUGAUUCAAAUUCAACUACUAACACCGCUACCACUUCUUCAACGGCUGAAAGUUUCUUUUCAAGUUUGGGAAAUCAAAUCAUCAAUGAAGAUUCGAUCAAUUCUGGUGAAACUUCUAUUUCACCUUCAAGUAUCAACGAACACUCACGUUUGAAUGAGCAAAUCCUAUUAUUGGAUUUUGGUUCGGAAAAAGAAAGAUGGGAAUGGUUCACCUUGUUAAGAUCAUUUUGCGGUUCACCUUUACCUAGAUUAUAUAGAAGGUUACAGAUUAGAGUGUUAGAUUUACAAGAGAGUAUACCAAUUUCAGGAUUACAUCUAGGAGAUGAAGGGAAUUCGAAUAAUACCGUUUCGUUCGAUCAAUCAAGUUCGAUAUCGACAUCAAGUAAUAAACCCCAUCUCACUAAACCAGCUUCGAGAAGUGACUGGAAAUGUGGUUGGGCGGGAAAAGAUAAGUUGAAAGUCGAGAUCUACGCCGAUAGACAAUUGAUAGGACAGACUACAUGGGCUCAAGCUGAAGACCGAUCUGAGAUCCCUUUUUGGGCGGAGUUGUUCACCUUUGAGAAUUUAAGAGAAUUCUCCACAUGUACUUUGAAAUUAUGUAGACUUCGUUCAAAUCAAUCACAGCAUUUCGCAACAGUCCGUUUAAGUCUAGUACCGGGAUUCAUGAAAGCCAAAGAUGAGAGAUAUCCAAUCUCAUCUUUAUCCGGUAAUACUAUCGGUGAAUUGAGGUUGAUCGUUUCGUAUUCUAUCGUGAACGUAGUCGAGAUGGGUGUAUACCCCCUACCAGAUGUUUUCCGUGGGAUGGGAGGCACAAGAACGAUUUAUUACAUGAUGUCAAAAGGAUUACUAGAUCAAAUUAUCGAUUUAUUUACCCGAUUCAAUUGGGCACUGGGAACCACCUACAAUCGUUUGGUGGAAAUGAGUGAGAUUGAAGCUAAAUCCAGCGGAGAUAUACUGUUCAGAGGUAAUUCACCAAUGACUCGAUUGCUUGAAGCCACGAUGAGAUUGGUUUGCUUCGAUUUCUUGAAAUUAUCGAUUGGUCCUACAAUCACUCUUAUUUUGGAAAAUGAGAUUGAAGCAAAUAUAGAGAACACGAGAACUAUCAUGAAAGUGUUAGACUAUUGUUGGGAUCAUAUGUAUACUCAAAGAGGAUCAUUUCCCAACAUCCUUCGCCAAGUGUUCGCGGUUUUGUUCAAGGACGUGAAAGAGAAUCAUGAAGACAGGAGAAUGAGAUAUAAAGCUAUAUCAUCUUUCCUUUUUCUCCGUCUGAUCGGCCCAGCACUGAUGAGACCACACCUCUUCGGGCUCGCCAAAGGUCUUCCUCGACCACCUAUUCAGAAGACUCUGAUGUUGAUAGCUAAAAUCUUCCAUACCUUGGCUUUUUUCACUUCGAAUGAUACUGCCAGGGAUCCUGAAAUAGCGAGGUAUUCUGGUUUCAUACGAAAAAAUCACGAUAUGAUGAUAGAUUACCUAUCAUCAUUUGCAAUUCCCCUGGACGAUUUCCAGUGUCAACUUUCAAUACCUUCGCCCAUCGCCACAUUCUUAGCUGAGAGGAUACCUCUCAUGCCACCCGAACAUGGACAAGCUGUACCGAUGUUAACUGUUGCUGGACCCGUAGAGGUCGAUGCUGAUGCAGCUAUCUUCUAUGAGCUACUGUAUCAGAGGAGGAAAGCGAAAGUAGGGGGAGCGGAAAUGACUAGAGAAGAUGGAGUGAUUCCAGGUGAAGAAGAAGAGAUGGUUCAUUUAAUUCGAACAAUGGAUACUUUCAUCAGUUCAGUUCACAACAAGAGCUACGAACGUGAACGUGAAUGUGAAGUCGAUACAAGUAAUGCAAGCUCGAUUCACACAGAACCUAUAUCUCCUUCCAGGCCAUCGUUGCAAAUCGACAUUUCUUCCGCACAACGUGAUAGACGAUUAGAUCUGGAUCGAUCAAAAUCUGAUUUAGUUGGUGAUAUCAGUACUCAUCAGAGACCGGAACUGCCUUCGCAAAUGUCAGAUCGAGAUAAAGCCAGAGACGACCAGAAAGAGAAAAGGGUAAUUAGCCCUUCGCCUCCGUCGACACAAUCACAAGGUGAAUCUUCACACACACCUUGGAAAUGGUUGACCAAUCUAGGUUGGAUGAGUCCUACGUUCAGAUCAUAUGAUAAUGAUGUGACCAAUACUUUUGGUAGGAAGAUAAGUGAUAGUACCUCAAACAGGAAUGAGAAGAACGGUCACAAAAAUGGGAGUCCAAUGGACUGA